UUUUUACUCAUGUUCAUUUCAUGGUCGGCGUCUUAGAACGAUUUAAGUGAGCAACUCUCAGUACAUUGAUUUUAUGUUUUAGAAUUAUGUGUUAAGAUUAAUGUAUCAGAUUUGAGUUUGUAGAAAAAUAUAACUGUUAACUUGUGUUCAUGAAAAUGUGAUUAGUAAUAUUGUUUUAUUAAUCAUUUAAAUUGUGAAUCAUAAUGUCUAUUCCACCUUUUAUGUUGGGUGGGAACCCAUGGGCUCAGAUGAUAGUACAACAACAACAACAGCAAAUUGCUGCUGUUCAAGCACAAGCUGCUCAUGCUCAAGCUGCUGCUGUUCAUGCUCAAAUUCAUGCUCAGCAAGUGGCAAUGCAUCAAAUUUCAUCAGCUCCACCUAAUAGAAUUCCUGAACCAUUAAGUGAAGAAAAAUUACAAGAAAAAUCACAAAAAUGGCAGCAAAUUCAGUCUAAAAGAUUCGCCCCUAAGCGAAAAUUUGGUUUUGUUGAUGCACAGAAAGAAGACAUGCCACCUGAACAUAUACGUAAAAUCAUAAGGGAUCAUGGAGAUAUGAGUAGUCGUAAAUAUCGUCAUGAUAAAAGAGUUUAUCUUGGAGCUUUAAAGUAUAUGCCACAUGCUGUUUUAAAACUGUUAGAAAACAUGCCUAUGCCAUGGGAACAAAUCAGAGAUGUGAAGGUAUUGUAUCAUAUUACUGGUGCUAUAACAUUUGUCAAUGAAAUUCCAUGGGUAAUUGAACCAGUUUAUAUAGCUCAAUGGGGGACUAUGUGGAUUAUGAUGAGAAGAGAAAAACGUGAUAGACGACAUUUCAAGCGAAUGCGUUUCCCUCCUUUUGAUGAUGAAGAACCACCAUUAGAUUAUGCUGACAAUGUUUUAGAUGUUGAACCUUUAGAGGCAAUCCAAAUUGAUUUAGAUAAUGAAGAAGAUGUUGCUGUUGCUAAAUGGUUCUAUGAUCAUAAACCUCUUGUAAACACAAGGCAUGUAAAUGGUUCAACCUAUCGAAAAUGGAAUUUGACUUUACCACAAAUGGCAACAUUAUACCGUUUAGCUAAUCAACUUUUAACUGAUCUUGUUGACGACAACUAUUUUUAUUUAUUUGAUCCAAAAUCAUUUUUCACUGCUAAAGCUUUAAAUAUGGCUAUACCUGGUGGUCCAAAAUUUGAGCCUCUUAUAAAAGAUUCAAAUCCUGCUUUUGUACGCGAUGAAGAUUGGAAUGAGUUCAAUGAUAUAAAUAAAAUUAUUAUCAGACAACCUGUUCGUACUGAAUAUAGAAUAGCUUUUCCCUAUUUGUACAAUAAUCUUCCUCAUUAUGUUCAUUUGUCUUGGUAUCAUGCACCAAAUGUUGUGUAUAUCAAGACAGAAGAUCCAGAUUUACCAGCAUUUUACUUUGAUCCUUUAAUCAACCCUAUAUCUCAUAGGCAUUCUGUGAAGGUUAAUGAACCAGUGUUUGAUGAAGAUGAAGAAUUCGAAUUGCCACCUGAAGUUCAACCAUUCUUACAAGAAGUACCUGUGUAUACAGAUAACACAGCCAAUGGGAUCGCUUUAUUAUGGGCCCCAAGACCUUUUAAUAUGAGAUCAGGACGUUGUAGAAGAGCAAUUGAUGUGCCCUUGGUUAAAAGUUGGUAUAGAGAACAUUGUCCACCAGGUCAACCAGUUAAAGUCCGUGUAAGCUAUCAAAAAUUAUUGAAAUACUUUGUGUUGAAUGCUUUGAAACAUAGGCCACCUAAACCUCAAAAGAAAAGAUAUUUAUUCCGAUCAUUCAAAUUUACUAAAUUUUUCCAAACAACAACUCUGGACUGGGUUGAAGCUGGAUUGCAAGUUUGUAGACAAGGUUACAAUAUGUUAAAUCUUUUAAUACAUCGUAAAAAUCUCAAUUACUUGCAUUUGGAUUAUAAUUUCAACUUAAAACCUGUUAAAACUUUGACAACUAAAGAAAGAAAAAAAUCAAGAUUUGGGAAUGCGUUUCAUUUGUGUCGAGAAAUUUUACGAUUGACUAAAUUAAUUAUUGAUUCACAUGUGCAAUACAGAUUGAACAAUAUUGAUGCUUUUCAAUUAGCUGAUGGUUUGCAGUAUGUUUUUGCACAUGUUGGACAAUUAACAGGAAUGUAUCGCUAUAAGUAUAAGCUUAUGAGACAAAUACGAAUGUGUAAAGAUCUUAAACAUCUAAUUUACUAUCGUUUUAAUACUGGACCUGUGGGCAAAGGCCCAGGUUGUGGAUUUUGGGCUCCUGGAUGGCGAGUGUGGUUAUUUUUUAUGCGAGGUAUAACACCAUUACUAGAACGUUGGUUAGGUAAUUUAUUAUCUAGACAGUUUGAAGGAAGACAUUCUAAAGGUGUCGCAAAAACUGUUACAAAACAAAGAGUUGAAAGUCAUUUUGAUCUAGAACUUCGUGCUUCAGUUAUGCAUGACAUAGUUGAUAUGAUGCCUGAAGGUAUCAAACAGAAUAAAGCUCGAACAAUUUUACAACAUUUAUCUGAAGCGUGGAGAUGCUGGAAAGCAAAUAUUCCAUGGAAAGUUCCUGGAUUACCUACUCCUAUUGAAAACAUGAUUCUUCGAUAUGUAAAAAUGAAAGCUGAUUGGUGGACUAAUACUGCUCAUUAUAAUAGAGAACGUAUUCGUAGAGGUGCUACUGUAGAUAAAACUGUUUGUAAAAAAAAUUUAGGGCGCUUAACAAGAUUAUAUCUCAAAGCAGAACAAGAACGUCAACAUAACUAUCUUAAAGAUGGACCAUAUAUUUCUCCUGAAGAAGCUGUUGCUAUUUAUACAACAACUGUUCAUUGGUUGGAAUCUAGACGUUUUGCUCCUAUACCUUUCCCACCACUUUCAUACAAGCAUGAUACCAAAUUAUUAAUUUUAGCUUUAGAACGUUUAAAAGAAGCUUACAGUGUUAAAUCUCGUUUAAAUCAGAGCCAAAGAGAAGAACUUGGAUUAAUAGAACAAGCAUAUGAUAAUCCUCAUGAAGCAUUAUCUAGAAUAAAACGUCAUCUUUUAACUCAAAGGACAUUUAAAGAAGUAGGCAUAGAGUUCAUGGACUUAUACUCUCAUCUAGUGCCUGUUUAUGAUGUAGAACCGUUAGAAAAAAUUACAGAUGCUUAUUUAGAUCAAUAUUUAUGGUAUGAAGCAGAUAAACGGCGUUUAUUUCCACCAUGGAUCAAACCAUCAGAUACUGAACCUCCACCUCUGCUUGUUUACAAAUGGUGUCAAGGUGUAAACAAUUUACAAGAUGUUUGGGAUGUAAGUGAAGGGGAAUGUAAUGUUUUACUGGAAUCGAAAUUUGAAAAAAUUUAUGAAAAAAUUGACUUGACCUUACUUAAUAGGUUACUCAGACUAAUCGUUGAUCAUAAUAUUGCUGAUUAUAUGACGGCUAAAAGCAAUGUUAUUAUUAAUUACAAGGAUAUGAAUCAUACAAAUAGUUAUGGUAUUGUUAGAGGUUUACAAUUUUCAUCUUUUAUUGUUCAAUAUUAUGGGCUCGUUUUGGAUUUGCUGGUAUUGGGAUUACAAAGAGCUUCUGAAAUGGCUGGACCUCCACAAAUGCCAAAUGACUUCUUAACAUUUCAAGAUGUUCAAACUGAAGUAGCUCAUCCUGUUCGCUUGUAUUGUCGAUAUACUGAUAGAGUACAUAUUUUCUUGAGAUUUACUGCUGAAGAAGCAAAAGAUUUAAUUCAAAGAUAUUUGACUGAACAUCCAGAUCCUAAUAAUGAAAAUAUUGUAGGUUACAAUAAUAAAAAAUGUUGGCCUCGUGAUGCUAGAAUGCGUUUAAUGAAACAUGAUGUUAAUUUAGGAAGAGCUGUUUUUUGGGAUAUCAAAAAUAGAUUACCACGUUCUACAACUACAAUACAAUGGGAAAACAGUUUUGUAAGUGUAUAUUCAAAGGAUAAUCCUAAUUUGUUGUUUAAUAUGAGUGGAUUUGAAUGUCGUAUAUUACCUAAAUGUCGUACAAUUCAUGAUGAACUUACUCAUAGAGAUGGUAUUUGGAAUUUACAAAAUGAAAUAACAAAAGAAAGGACAGCCCAAUCAUUCUUACGAGUAGAUGAUGAAUCAUUACAAAGAUUUCAUAAUCGUGUUAGACAAAUUUUAAUGGCCAGUGGAUCAACUACUUUUACUAAAAUUGUUAAUAAAUGGAAUACAGCUCUUAUAGGAUUAAUGACUUAUUUCCGUGAAGCUGUUGUGAAUACUCAAGAAUUAUUAGACCUUUUAGUAAAAUGUGAGAACAAAAUUCAAACUCGUAUAAAGAUAGGUCUUAAUUCCAAAAUGCCUUCAAGAUUCCCUCCUGUUGUAUUUUAUACACCUAAGGAACUUGGCGGUUUAGGAAUGUUAUCUAUGGGUCAUGUUUUGAUUCCACAAUCUGAUUUAAGAUGGUCUAAACAAACUGAUGUUGGAAUCACUCAUUUCCGUUCAGGUAUGAGUCAUGAUGAAGAUCAACUAAUACCUAAUUUAUACCGUUAUAUUCAACCUUGGGAAUCUGAAUUUAUUGAUUCACAAAGAGUUUGGGCCGAAUAUGCUUUAAAAAGACAAGAGGCUAAUGCUCAAAACAGACGUUUAACUUUGGAAGAUUUAGAAGAUAGUUGGGAUAGAGGUAUUCCUAGAAUAAAUACUUUAUUCCAGAAAGACAGACACACUCUAGCAUAUGACAAAGGUUGGAGGAUUCGAACUGAGUUUAAACAAUAUCAGGUACUUAAGCAAAAUCCAUUUUGGUGGACUCAUCAAAGACAUGAUGGUAAAUUAUGGAAUUUAAAUAAUUAUCGAACAGACAUGAUCCAAGCUUUAGGAGGUGUUGAAGGUAUAUUGGAGCAUACAUUAUUCAAAGGAACUUAUUUCCCAACUUGGGAAGGUCUAUUUUGGGAAAAAGCAUCUGGAUUUGAAGAAUCUAUGAAGUAUAAAAAACUUACUAAUGCUCAACGUUCUGGUCUUAAUCAAAUUCCUAAUCGUCGAUUUACUUUGUGGUGGUCUCCUACUAUUAACCGUGCGAAUGUUUAUGUUGGUUUUCAAGUGCAGCUAGAUUUAACAGGAAUAUUUAUGCAUGGCAAAAUACCUACAUUAAAAAUUUCUUUGAUCCAAAUUUUUAGAGCUCAUUUAUGGCAAAAAGUUCAUGAAUCUAUUGUUAUGGAUCUUUGUCAAGUAUUUGAUCAAGAAUUGGAUGCACUGGAAAUAGAAACUGUUCAAAAAGAAACUAUUCAUCCUCGUAAAUCUUAUAAAAUGAACUCAUCUUGUGCUGAUAUUUUAUUAUUUGCAGCUUAUAAAUGGAAUGUCUCUAGACCAUCAUUGUUGGCCGAUUCUAAAGACACAAUGGAUAAUACAACAACACAAAAAUAUUGGCUAGAUGUUCAACUACGCUGGGGUGAUUAUGAUUCACAUGAUGUUGAACGAUAUGCUCGGGCAAAAUUUUUAGAUUAUACAACUGAUAAUAUGUCAAUUUAUCCUUCGCCCACUGGUGUUCUAAUUUCAAUUGACUUGGCAUAUAAUUUACAUAGUGCAUAUGGAAAUUGGUUCCCCGGUUGUAAACCAUUAAUUCAACAAGCCAUGGCAAAAAUUAUGAAAGCAAAUCCAGCUCUUUAUGUAUUAAGAGAACGUAUUCGUAAAGCUUUACAGCUUUAUUCAUCUGAACCAACUGAACCAUAUUUGUCAAGUCAAAAUUAUGGAGAACUAUUUUCAAAUCAAAUAAUUUGGUUUGUUGAUGAUACCAAUGUAUACAGAGUUACAAUUCAUAAAACUUUUGAAGGAAAUUUAACAACUAAACCUAUUAAUGGCGCAAUAUUUAUUUUUAAUCCUCGCACUGGACAGUUGUUUUUAAAAAUUAUUCAUACUUCAGUCUGGGCUGGUCAAAAACGUUUGGGUCAAUUAGCAAAAUGGAAAACUGCUGAAGAAGUUGCUGCUUUGAUACGUUCUUUACCUGUUGAAGAACAACCAAAACAAAUUAUUGUGACUCGAAAAGGAAUGUUAGAUCCUCUCGAGGUUCAUCUCUUAGAUUUUCCAAAUAUUGUGAUAAAAGGUUCAGAAUUACAGCUACCUUUCCAAGCAUGCUUAAAAGUUGAGAAAUUUGGUGACCUCAUUUUAAAAGCUACAGAGCCACAAAUGGUUUUAUUCAAUUUAUAUGAUGAUUGGUUAAAGACAAUUUCAUCCUAUACAGCAUUUUCACGAUUAAUUCUAAUAUUAAGAGCUUUGCAUGUUAAUACUGAGCGUACCAAAGUUGUUUUAAAACCAGACAAAACAACUAUAACAGAACCUCAUCACAUUUGGCCUACAUUAAGUGAUGAUGAAUGGAUUAAAGUGGAAGUUCAAUUGAAAGAUCUAAUUUUAGCUGAUUAUGGAAAAAAAAAUAAUGUUAAUGUAGCUUCUUUAACACAAUCUGAAAUUCGUGAUAUUAUUCUGGGAAUGGAAAUAAGCGCUCCAUCAGCACAAAGACAACAAAUUGCAGAAAUAGAAAAACAAACAAAGGAACAAUCACAAUUGACAGCCACGACCACAAGAACUGUAAACAAACAUGGAGAUGACAUAAUUACUUCUACCACUUCAAACUAUGAAACACAAACAUUCAGUUCAAAAACUGAAUGGAGAGUUCGUGCUAUAUCUGCAACCAAUCUUCAUUUACGUACCAAUCAUAUUUAUGUAUCUUCUGAUGAUAUUAAAGAAACUGGUUAUACAUAUAUACUUCCUAAAAAUGUACUAAAAAAAUUUGUUACAAUAUCUGAUUUACGAGCCCAGAUUUGUGCUUAUCUUUAUGGUGUUAGCCCUCCUGAUAAUCCUCAAGUAAAAGAAAUUAGAUGUCUUGUAAUGCCACCACAAUGGGGAACCCACCAAACGGUUCAUGUUCCCUCUCAACUGCCUAAUAAUCAUCAUUAUCUUACAGACAUGGAACCACUUGGUUGGAUACACACACAGCCUAAUGAAUUACCUCAAUUAUCCCCACAAGAUAUAAGUACACAUGCUAAAAUUAUGUCUGAUAAUUCAUCAUGGGAUGGAGAAAAAACUGUUAUUAUUACUUGCAGUUUUACACCUGGAUCUUGUUCAUUAACGGCCUAUAAAUUGACUCCCAGUGGUUUUGAGUGGGGAAGACAAAAUACAGAUAAGGGUAAUAACCCUAAAGGUUACUUACCAAGUCAUUAUGAAAAAGUACAAAUGCUAUUGUCAGAUAGAUUUCUUGGUUUCUUUAUGGUUCCAGCACAAGGAUCAUGGAAUUAUAACUUCAUGGGAGUGAGACAUGAUGCUAAUAUGAAGUAUGAACUCCAAUUGGCUAACCCAAAAGAAUUUUACCAUGAAAUUCAUAGACCUGCUCAUUUUUUAAAUUUUUCAUCCCUUGAAGACGGAGAUGGAGUAGGUGCUGAUCGUGAAGAUGUGUAUGCUUAAUAUGUAUUUUUAUUUUUAUAUAAUUUUUAUUUUCUUCUUAUAACAUUAAGACAUUUUUAUUAUAGUGAUAUUUCGAUUUAAUAAAAUAUGAAUACUGUAAUAAGUAAU